AUGCUCGUGCCCAAUACCGACUCGAUAGGUCUGGAUGCCACCAUCCCUUGCCCUUUCCCGCCUCUGGCGCCUCGCCCUCGAUUGCCCAAUGCGGCUCGCUCCAUUUUCCUCUCCGCGCUGCUCGUGCUCAGCGCAUUCUGGUGUGCUGGGCCGGCGCAGGUGGCGCAGUGCCCGGCAGACUGCGCGGUGCUGGGCGACCCGGGGCCGCAGACGAUCAGCAAGCGCGCUGGCGGCAGAUACGCGCAAGCCGCGUACAUCUGUGCUACCGGCUACUGCAGUGAAACGUUGCGCCAGGAUCACGCAUACCCUGAUUUGCUGGGAUAUACGAGGGAGUUCACGAUGUACUUCAUGAACUGGUGCGAGUACCUGCAGCGCAAACUUCCAGCCGCCGAACAUGGCGCCGAGCGACCGCGCGCCUCUCUAAGCGACUGGAAGCAGCUGGCGCGGGUGCUUGAUGCAGAUGUGCCUGCUCAAGCUCGCGAAGCUGCGCUCCUCUGCACCGCGCUCAACGACUGCGCGAACACCUACGAUGCGCCCCUUGCAAGCACCAGCGGGGACAAUAACAAGUGA